AUGUUGCUAUCCUUGGUCAAAUUUGGGAUUCUUAGCGUGUUUCUUCUUGCCCAGGAAGCUGUGGCAAUUCAACUAUGGAAUAACACCGACGGCUUCUCCGAUGAUGUGCCCGCUGCCGGUCGGAGUGCUUUAACAUUCGAUGUUAAAUGCGCCAAUUAUCUGGUGACUGCCCGAGAUGUUGCAAAUGGUGCCGCUUUGGUUGGGAAUCUGGAAAGUCAUUAUUGUACUGAAGAAUGUCAUGAUUCUAUCGAUAACUUCCAGAGAAGUAGCCACUUGGCCUACGGAACAAAAGCAUACGCUUUAUUCAAAAAUAGCACAGCUAGAGUAGUCCCUGGGGAUAUUGUCAAUGGGCUGAUGUGGGCAUAUGAGUUGAGCUGCAUCAAAGAUUCAACUGGGUACUGCCUCGCAGGAAUUUACAACCAUACAAAAACAGCUUGUUCGGAAUGUACCCUCAAGUAUGGCGCAGUGAUGGCGAGCUCGGGCUAUGGGCGUAAGCAGUUCCCACCAAAUGUCUUCUCGUCGCUUUUGUCGUCCUGUAAUGUGCCAGCAUCGAGCUAUACCUAUGUUUACACUUCAUCAAAUCCCACAACAACACCGGAGUCCUCUGGUGUACCAUCGUCUGCCACUGCAACUCCUACUUCUACUUGCACUGGAAAGACAUACAUUGCCAAGGAGGAUGAUACUUGCAAAUCAAUCUCUGAGGCUCAGUCUAUCAGCACUGAUCGCUUAGUUGAGGUCAACCAUCUGGACUACAGUUGCUCUUCACUUACUUCUGGUACCGCCCUCUGUAUCGAAAAGAACUGUACGGUGUAUACCGUGCAGGCAAACUAG